GCGGCGGCAGCAGCAGCCCCACCGCAUCUCCAUCUCCAUCUCCGUCUCCGUCUCCUCCUCUUUGUCUGCCUGCUGCCGCCGCCGCCGCCUCUGCCUCUCCCCACCCGCCGGCUGCUGCCUGCCUUUGAGGAGCACCGGCUGCUGCCGCCUCUCUGCUGCGGCCGCUGCAGGCUGCCCCGCCGGCCUUACGGGGCUGAGAAGCGGGCCGGAGGAGCCGCCGCGCCGGCCAGCCUGGGCUGCGCCCGCCCCCGCCGUGCCUGCCUGGUGGGCCGCAGGGGCGGGAUGGCGCUGCGGGGGAGAUGAGCAGGAGCCCGCCGCCGCCGCCGCCGCCGGGGAGGAAGGAGGAGAGCAGGAGGAGGAGGAGGAGGGCAGCGCGGCCAGAGCGCACCCCCGCCCCGUGGGGAUCCCGCAUGGACCUCGAGGCGGCCGGCUGGGGCCAUGGGGCAAGUCCUGGGAUUUGCCCACUGCAAAGAGUCUCCAUCUACUGCCUCCACUACACCUGACUCCACGGAUGGUGGCAACGAUGAGUCCGACUUCCCCGAGCUGCAGACAGCACAGGAGUUCUCCGAGGAGGAGGAGGAGGAGGAGGAGGAGGCCUCUGUGGAAUGGGGGACACCACGGGAGCUGACCUUUUCCUACAUCACCAUUGCGGGGGGCCCCAGCAGCAGCAGCAGCAGCCCGGCCCUUGGGGAGCACGGCCCCCGGGCCAGACGGGACUCUCAGACCCGCCAGGCGCGGGCCUCGCUGCCCCGCACGGAGACCUGCGAGACCUUCGUGCCGGCCCUGGGGGACAGCCUGGAGAAUAUCCCCAGCCUCUGCCCGUCCCCCGAGGCCGAAGGGGCACCACCUCCGGCCCACGGCCAAGAACUGGGCCCCUUCUCCAGCUGGGAUGCCCCUCCGAGCUGUGCUGGUGAACCGGACCCCGAGGAAGGAGAGGGGGCGGAGGUGUCUCCCCAUCACAGCCCCACUGCGGAGGCCCUGGAGGGGGAGCGGAGCAGCAGCGGGUCAUCCUCAGAUCUCUCGCCAGAGGACCUCCCGCCAGCCGAGGCCUUAGCGCCCCCCCCUGCCGAGGGCGCCCCUUGUGGUGCUGAAACCGCCCCGCUCCAAGCACUGACCUCACCCGAGUUCUGCCAGGACCCGCCACUGGAUGACGGGAUGGAGGAGGAGGAGGAGGAGGAGGAGGGGGAGGCAGGCCAGGAACCCACUGCUGUGCCGGACCAGGCAGGGGUCGCCUUGGAAAUCUGCAUCACAGUGGCAGACCUGGUGUACUGGCGGGACACCCGCAGAUCGGCGUUUGUGUUCACCUGCUUGAUGGUGGCUCUGCUGUGCCUGCUGCACUUCAGCAUUAUCAGCGUGGCCUCUUACCUUUCCCUGGCUGCCCUCAGCAUCACCAUCUCUCUCAGGGUUUACAGCAAAGUGCUCCAGGCCAUCCACCGGGGAGAGGGGGCCAACCCCUUCCAGGCCCAGCUGGAUGCUGACCUGGGACUGUCGAAGGAGCAGCUGGAGCACCUGACCGAGCGGGUCGUGUUCUAUGCCACGUCGGAAAUCCGGUUCCUGCAGCGCCUCUUCCUGGUGGACGACCUGGUGGAGUCCAUUAAGUUUGCUUUCCUGUUCUACAUCCUCACGUACGUGGGAGCUGUGUUCAAUGGGCUGACCUUGCUCAUCCUGGGUGCGAUAAGUGCAUUUACCUUCCCUCUGCUGUACAAGCAACAUCAGGCACAGAUUGACCAGUACGUGGGUCUGGUGAGGAAUCAGCUGAGUAACCUCCGAGCCAAGAUGCUGGCCAAGUUGCCCACAGCCAAAGCGAAAGCGGAAUGAAUGACACCCCCCUCUCCCCCUCCCCCUCCAGACAGACAGGCCCCUCGCCCCUGCCCCUUUCCACUCGCUCCCACACCAUCCCUCUUUUUGGCUUCUCCUGCCCAGGAACAGGGCCUUCGCUCCCCUCUCCCCCGGCUGGAAAGGGCCCCACAGGCCCAGCUGCCCCUUUUGGCCAGGAGGGCCCAAAGCAGCCCCCUCUUGGGCAUCUCCAGCGCAUGGUCCCUCUGCUAACCGCACACCGAGAUGCCAGCUGUCCCUGCAUGCUCUGAGCAGCCUCUGCGGCCUGGCGGGGGUUGGUCUCUCUGGCCAAAGCAGAGACGGGCAGCCGGUCUCUCUCUCCCCCUGCCAGCAAGCUGUUCAUGCAGCCCUUUGCGGGUGGCUUGGCCUGCUCGGGUGGCGGAUGGACCGCCUCCUGAGCAGCCCCGCCUCUGUCAGGCCCAUCCUCAAGGACUCCGCUCAAGAGCCCACCAGGACUGUCUGGGGUUUGCUGGCCUCCAGCUGUCACCAUUGCACCACGCUCCCCUUCGUCCCAUCUCCACCCGCCAACCUCGAAGCACCUCCUGCUUCUCCAAGAGCCCCGCUUCUCUCCUAGCGGCAGCGUUUCAGGGUUGGCUGGGAGCCUCCCCACCCCCCCACCCCCAACAUGCCCGGCACACACCUUUCCGUGGGCUGUCCCAGCCGCCGCCGCCGCUGCCACCUUCCUUCACAGGCCUGCCUACGAUGGCCAGCCGAGCCAGCAGGGGUUGUGCGUCCAGUUCUUGAACUUUGCCCGGAUUUACACUUUAAUAAAAACGGUUGUGAAAAACAAAA